AUGCCAAGGAGUAUGGAUGUACGCUUGCGCAAAUGCGCAGCCUUAUGGAGGCACGUGGAGCUGAGGCUAUCGUCAGGAUCUUGCUGGACCAUCGGACCUAAUCACUGGAUUUUCUUGCAGUUAUCGACAGAACAUGACGGUGUCGAAGGUCUAUGCCAAAAAUUGAAAGUAGACCCGGUACGUGGUCUACCGAACAACCCAGCCGAGCUUGAUCGUCGUCGUGCGGCGUUCGGAGCCAACACAAUCCCACCAGCAAAAAGUAAAAGCUUUGCACGUCUUGUUUUCGAUGCCUGUCGUGACCCAACGCUAAUUAUUCUUGUUGUAUCUGGCUUUGUAAAUUUGGCGCUCUCUUUUUACGAACCUGAAAUGGAAAGUCCCGUUGACGAAGAUUUGCUCACAACAACCGCUGCUUCAAUUGUUGGCGGAUUUUUCUCGAACAUUACACUAGGACAUAUUCUGCUCAACUCUACCCUUUCUCUUGAUGCAACUACAGCCAAACCACCGACGGAAGGACAUGGAACGGCUUGGAUAGAAGGUGUCGCGAUUCUGCUUUGUGUGGUUGUGGUCGUUUUGGUAACAGCCGGUAACGACUACUCCAAAGAGCGGCAAUUUCGAAGUCUACAGGAAAAAAUCGAAACCGGACAGAAAUUCUCAGUGAUUCGUGAUGGUGAAGCAAUCGAUGUACCCGUAUCGGACUUGGUAGUCGGUGACAUAGCCCGUGUAAAAUAUGGAGACCUUCUGCCGGCUGAUGGCUUCCUACUUCAAGCCAACGACCUUAAGAUCGACGAGUCAUCGCUUACGGGUGAAUCGGAUCACAUCAAGAAAUCUGUGGAAUCGGAUCCUGUACUGUUAUCAGGCAAGUCUAUGGUCGUUGGACAUUAUAGGAAACCUUCUCACCAAUCAGUGCUUUACCAAAAUGUUUUCCAUUCAGGUACCUACGCAAUGGAAGGUUCCGGCAAAAUGGUACUGACAGCUGUCGGAGUCAACUCCCAGACCGGUAUCAUCAUGACACUUCUUGGUGCCGGCAAACCUGGUGUUCAGGGCGCUGAUGACAGUUCAUCUUCAUCAUCAUCGAGCUCAUCCACUUCUUCGUCGAGCUCGGAUAAGUCAUCCUCGUCCAGUUCAACAAAUUCAUCCGACGAUGAUGACAGUCUUUCGGCGAAGUCCGUUCUACAGUCAAAACUAUCUCAUUUGGCGUUACAAAUUAUCUACUGCGGAACCACUGUCGCAGCUAUCGCCUUAAUCGUGUUGAUUACGAGAUUCUGUAUUGAGCACUAUGUUCGUGAUGCAAUCCCAUUCAGCAUAGCCGAUAUCCAGAUGUUCGUCAAAUUUUUCAUCAUAGCCGUUACUAUCCUGGUAAUAUCGAUCCCCGAAGGUCUCCCAUUGGCCAUCGCUUUAGCAUUGACGUAUUCCGUUAAAAAGAUGAUGCAUGACAAUAAUCUCGUACGUCACUUGGACGCAUGUGAAACGAUGGGAAAUGCGACGUCGAUCUGUUCGGAUAAGACUGGAACUCUGACCACAAAUCGGAUGACCGUCGUCGAUUCCUACAUCAACGGUAACCACUAUGAGGGACAAGACAACCAACCGCAUGGGAGCGCUCUUCCUGGCAACACGACUCAUCUGAUAUGUGAAGCGAUAUCUGUCAACAGGCUCUUUCAGGUGUAUACGUUCAAUUCUUCCCGUAAAUGUAUGAUGACCGUCAUUAAUCUGUUCGAAAACGGUGUCAAUGUCGGUUAUCGCGUCUACUGCAAAGGAGCCAGUGAGAUCAUUCUAGGACGAUGUGCUUACCUGAUCGGAUCCGAUGGAAAGCCACAUCAAUUCUCAGCUGAUCGAUUGAAGGAGAUCACGGCUACUGUAAUUUCACCAAUGGCCAAUAACGGAUUACGAACGAUCUGCGUCGCUUAUAAGGACUAUAUUCGCAAAGGUGUACGACAAGUCGAUCGAACGGAGGUCGAAUUCGAAAACGAUUCUUCUAUUGAUUGGAAUGACGAGCAGGAUAUAUCAAGGAAUUUUGUUGGUAUUGCUAUAUUAGGUAUUCAGGACCCUGUCAGACCUGAAGUACCAGCAGCUAUUGAAAAAUGCAAAAGAGCUGGUAUUACCGUGCGUAUGGUCACCGGGGAUAACAUCAAUACUGCCAGGGCUAUCGCAAUGUCGUGUCGAAUUCUCCAACCCGGUGAGGACUUUUUAGCGCUCGAAGGCAAGGAGUUCAACGAGAGAAUUCGUGGCCCAGACGGGAAAGUAUCGCAGGCAAAACUUGAUGAGAUCUGGCCUCGUCUUCGUGUGUUGGCUCGAGCUCAACCGGCUGACAAAUACACCUUGGUCAAAGGUAUCAUCGAUAGCAAGGCUACACCACAGAGGGAAAUUGUCGCUGUGACCGGAGACGGUACCAAUGAUGGUCCAGCUCUUAAGAAAGCUGAUGUCGGAUUCGCUAUGGGUAUCGCUGGAACCGAUGUUGCUAAAGAAGCUUCGGAUAUCAUACUUACUGACGACAACUUUACUUCGAUCGUUAAGGCUGUUAUGUGGGGUCGUAACGUCUACGAUUCGAUAUCGAAAUUUCUGCAAUUCCAACUGACUGUCAACGUCGUUGCAGUGCUUACCGCAUUCAUUGGAGCUGUCACAGUGUCCGAUUCGCCAUUAAAGGCAGUUCAUAUGCUUUGGAUAAACCUGAUCAUGGACACCUUAGCAUCAUUAGCUCUGGCCACCGAAGUCCCUACCGAUGAAUUGCUGAAUCGCAAGCCAUAUGGAAGGAAAAAAUCUCUCAUCUCCCGGACCAUGGUUAAGAAUAUUCUCUGUCAUGCUCUGUACCAAUUAUUGAUUCUGUUCACAAUCUUCUACUACGGAGAUCGUAUUUUCGGCAUCAAAUCAGGACUUUAUGCCCCACUUUUCGCUCCACCUUCUCAGCAUUUCACUAUUGUCUUCAAUGCAUUCGUAAUGAUGACUCUAUUCAACGAGGUCAACGCCAGAAAAGUCCACGGCGAACGCAACGUUUUCAAGGGUCUUGCCAGUAAUCGAGUAUUUUGUGUGAUUUGGAUAUCGACAUUUAUCGGCCAAAUUCUUAUCACACAAUUCGGAGCGGCAUGGUUCUCUACAGCUCCUCUGACCAUGAAUCAGUGGAUCGUCUGCCUAGCACUGGGCGUGUCAACCCUUCUUUGGGGUCAGGUUGUGGCCACGAUCCCAAGUAAGAAACUGCCCAAGACCUGGAAGGUUGGACGUGGCGAGGUAGAACCAUCAAAGAUUCACAUCAACGGUGACUACAAUGUACGUACUAGAUCACGAGCUUUAACUGUACGUCGUAGUGGAAAAUCGUUAUGGAUGAGAGGAAUGUUCCUCAUGGGACAACACCUUCGUACAAUUCGUGCAUUCCAAAUGCGUGACAGGAACUUUGGCAAAACUGCACCCACGAUGACAGCCGAAGCAGCGGAAAGGUGGCGAUCCAGCUAUCGCAAGUACCGCCAUCAAAAACAUCAAGAAAAAAGUAGGAUCGUCUUAUUGAUUUAUUGA